AGGUAUUAUUUCUUUUGACGUCUGUCAAAGAGACACAAGACACUUUAUAAAUAUUGUAGUAUUGUUUUUUACCAUUAGUUUUAAUUAAAAAUUUAGAAUAAGUAAAAUUUGUCAAAAUGGAGUCCAAACCAAAAAGUGAGCACUUGCUAGCCUUAAAAGUUAUGAGGUUAACAAGGCCAACUCUAGCCAGCCCAGUAGUUGUGACAUGCGACUCGACGGAUCUGCCAGGCAAUACACUAAAUGUUGAAUUAAAGAAUGAUUGUACUGCUCUUCAAGGAAUGGAAACUGUAGCUAUAGGACAAUUUAUGAUUUUGCCACAAAGCUUUGGAAAUAUUUAUUUAGGAGAGAUAUUUUCAAGUUAUUUAUGUGUCCAUAAUGGUAGUCAUCAAGCCGUAAAGGAUGUUACAGUUAAAGCUAACUUGCAAACAAGUACUCAAACCAUUCCAUUAUCUGGUCAAAAUUCUCAAGCAACAGAAUUAGCACCAAAUCAUACAAUUGACGAAGUCAUCCAUCACGAAGUCAAAGAAACUGGAACCCAUAUAUUGGUUUGUGAAGUCACGUACACACCUCUUUUACUUGGCAGUCAACCAUUAUCAUUUAGGAAAUUCUUUAAAUUUCAAGUUGUAAAACCAUUGGAUGUUAAAACAAAAUUUUACAAUGCAGAAAAUGAUGAAGUAUAUAUUGAAGCCCAGAUUCAAAAUUUGACAGCUGGUCCUAUUUGCUUGGAAAAAGUAGCACUGGAAUCAUCUCAUUUAUUUACUGUUUCAACUCUCAGUGCAAACGAAAAACAAGAAUCAAUAUAUGGCAAACUCAACCUGUUAGAUUCUGGACACAGCAGGCAGUAUCUUUAUUGUUUAAAGCCAACACCCAGUUUGGCUAAAGAUCCAAAGAUGAUGCACAAUGCAACAAAUAUUGGUAAACUAGAUAUAGUGUGGAGAAGUAAUUUGGGAGAGAGAGGGCGACUUCAAACUAGUCAACUACAGAGAAUGGCUCCAGACUAUGGAGACUUAAGGGUCAGUGCAAAAGAUAUACCCUCAAAAAUUUAUAUAGAAGAACCUGUAAAUUUCAAAAUUCACAUAAUAAAUACCUCAGAAAGGCAAAUGGAUUUACUCUUGGGUUUGCAAUCGAAUACCUCUGUUGCAUGGAGUGGCAUAUCAGACAAAAUGAUUGGCACACUUAAGCCAGGGGAAUCGGUUCAUCUCCCACUUUGUUUAAUCCCGCUAGAAUCGGGUCUUGUUGCGGUUUCAGGUCUCAAGUUGACUGAUACUUUUCUCAAAAGAGUAUAUGAUUAUGAUGACUUGGCGCAGAUUUUUGUUAAUCACAUGGAUUAGGUUAAAUUUUUAUUAUAUUAAAUUUUAUAUUUAUAGAUGAAAUAAAAAAUGUUUAUUUGUUUAAAAAAUGUAA